AUGAGAUUCUCGCCUCAAGCUGCCUUCUUCCUCUCCCUGAUCGCCAUUGUCGCCGCCGCUGGCCACUCAGCCGUCUGCGGCAACCGGCAGUACAGCACCGACGCUGUCGCAAAGGCGUCCGAUGCCUCUUGCUCCUAUGUCAAGAACGGCACCUCUGUUGGCACCAACAUGUACCCCCAUCAGUACAAGAAUCUUGAAAAGCUCAACCUUGGCGGACUGAGCGGGCCAUUCUACGAAUUCCCCAUCCUCUCCAACGGCCAAGUCUAUUUCUCUGGCAACCCUGGUCCCGACCGUGUCAUCAUCACCCGCGAUUGCAAGCUGGCCGGGGUGAUUACGCACCAGGGAGCCAAUGGAAACGGUUUUCUCGAAUGCAACGUCAAGACAUCUGCUGCCUCGGCCGUCGCUGCGGCUUAUGGAUUCUUGUUUGCCCUGUGCUUGCCCACUGCGCUUCUCGUGAUAGCUGUGUAA